UGCCGGCGGUGUCGCUCCGAAACAUCAGAAUACCGCCGAUGGCAACAAGAUCAUCGUUCGCGAAUUUGCAUUGUUAACUCGUCUGUUCGGAGUGCAAAGGUUGGACUAAUCGCGCACGCAGUCCAUCAAAACGCGGCUUAUCUUACAAACCGCUCAAAAAAUUCACCUCUACCGAGUGUUUUACACCGAAAAAUCAAAACAUCAUUCUACAUCAAUUACAAAUUUGCCGCAGACGCUGCAGUUUCACUUGCGGGGAUGGCCGCGCGUUGUGAUAACAACAAUUUGAAUUCGAAAGUGCCGAAAAUUUAUACAUAAACCACUUUCGAUUGAUCACAACUACCAAAAAACAAUAAACAAAACAAAUUAUGAUGAAUUUAAACAUGGCGCACAUGGAUUUCCUCUUUGAACACGUGCAUCCUGCGAGUUUGUCACUCACCAGAAUAUUAUUCGGUUUUUUGAUGUUAUUUGACAUCCCUGCUGAACGUGGUGGUUCAGAAAUUGACAUCCGAUGGGGCGAUCCGAUGACAUGCAGUUUUCCACUGUUUUCUUUCAUGCCGCGGCCAUCUUACCCAUGGAUGUGUAUUCUUUAUGGUAUAAUGUGGCUUGGAGCAUUAGGAAUAUGCCUUGGAUUCAAGUUUCGUGCAUCGUGUGUCUUUUAUCUUCUUCCUUAUUGGUAUAUUUUGUUCCUGGACAAAACAUUUUGGAAUAAUCACAGUUAUCUUUAUGGAUUACUCGGUAUAUUGAUGAUGGUAUCCAAUGCUGGUGAACAUUUAUCAAUUGAUGCCUUUUUACACUCUCGUGGAAAAGCUAGAAGUGAAAAACAAGAUGGCGUUCCGUUUUGGAAUUAUUUCCUUUUAAGAUUUCAAUUGUUUUGUUUAUACUUUUUUGCUGGAUUGAAGAAAUUAGACAUGGAAUGGUUGGAGGGGUAUUCCAUGGCUAAUAUGGGUACACAUUGGGUUUUUGAUCCGUUUGGGUUAAUUUUUACAACUGAACAAAUUGAUUACCUCGUAAUUCACAUCUCCGGGUUUUUAUUGGAUCUCACCAUUGGUUUCUUUUUAUUAUAUGGAAAAACACGUCCGUUGGCGAUGGUUUUCUGCGGGAUGUUUCACUUAAUGAAUUCAAGGUUAUUUAGUAUUGGGAUGUUUCCCUAUGUGUGUAUUGUGACAAUGCAUUUUUGUGAUCCUGAUUGGCCUAUCGUGCUCAUUACACGAGCGAAAAAGCUGUUUUUACAAAAGAACAAGAUGGCGUCCAACGCACUGAAGUCAAACAAGAAGAAACCAUAAACAAACCGAAUUUACCAAAACCUGAAACAAGCAAAUCACCAAAAGUCACAUUUAAUCGUGUUAUACUGUUUAGUACAAAUGUUUUUACCAUGGUCACAUUUUAUAACGAAAGGAAACAAUAACUGGACCAAUGGAAUCUAUGGCUACUCUUGGGACAUGAUGGUGCAUUCCUGGCAUACCACUUUAGUCAUUGUUAAAGUUAUUGAUAAUGAGAAUGGUGGUAAAGAGAUGUUUUUGGAUCCCACUGUUUGGGUGCAUAAUGAUCGCUGGAAUAAACACGCAGACAUGUUGUUACAAUACGCUGAAUGUAUGCAAGAAAACUUUAAAAUUGAAAAACAACAGAAAAACAUACCAAACUCGGAGAUUUCGAACAAUAUAUCGAUUUAUGUUGAUGUUUGGUGUUCGUUGAAUGGACGCUUUCAACAGCGAAUGUUUGAUCCAAACUACGACCUGUUAAAAGCAAAUUGGUCGCCAUUUUCAAACGUAGAAUGGUUACUGCCCAUUUUAUAUGAAUACAGUGAUUUUCGUGAGAAGAUGAAACUGAUUCAAGAAGAAGUAUACUCAUGGUCAAACUACAGUGAGGUUUUAUUCAUUGCUGAUUUCCCUGGUUUAUAUUUGGAUAACUUUAUAACCGAAGAUUUAACCAACAUAUCGCUUGUAAUUAUUGAAGGCACAGUCCUCUACGAAAUCGAAGACGAGCCCACAAGUGCUCGUGUUCUUAAUCAAGGCGAUCGAAUCUCACUCAAAUCGAAUGUGUUCCAUAAAGUUAAAACAAUUAGCGAAACGCCGAGUUGUUUUAUGUAUACGUUCAUAAACGGUACACUUGCAGAGAACCCGGAAUUGUAUGAAGUGAGAAGAGUAUCCAGCUCGCCAUUCCCGUUAAUUGAAGACAGUCCCCAGACAAUUGAAGAUAUCGCUAAAAUGUUUGAAUUAGUUAGUAUGGCAGUAUUGCACUUAUUAUAUGACGAACCGAUGUUGAGACGUGCAAUAAUUGACUGAACAACAAAGGGAAUCAAAACACAAUAUGAAAUAUUUAGAAAUCUGUGAUAAAAGGCAACUAUUUUGAUCUCACACAUGUAAUGUUUUUUGGAAAUUAACUGAUCUCAAAGAAGUUAAUAUUUUGUUGCAAAUAAAUUGAAUUAUUUUAGACAA